GCUGAGCUUUGGCUAGUGUGGUUUUACUCACUUAAGCAGUAGAAUCGUGUCGUUUAAAGAUGAAAUCUUUUGUUUUGAUUGCUGUACUCCUGGCUCUGGGCCACUGCCAGGCAGCUGAAGUGGCCGAACCAGUGGCUGUUGAGGGUCGCUCCGUAAGCAGCUCCGUUGUGGAUUUUUUGGAGGUGUUCAGAGUACUUAUGGAGACGGGCUAUGGGCCCAUGCCCAAGGUGGCUCCACUCGAGAUGCAACAUCAGCCCUUCAAGUUCAGCACCGGAGAGUUCAGCGCCAUCGGAGAGCUCAAUGACUUUGUGAUGGAGGGCCUCAACGGCUUCGAGGUGAUAAUUAUGGACGUGGACCUGAUCCGAAGUCGCAUGGACUUUGAGCUAAACUUCGGCAGCAUCAAUUUCACCACUCAGUACGAGGCCGAUGUGGGCAGUGGAUAUCGUAUGAAGCGCUCCGGUGGCGCCUACAUGGCCCUCGAGGACUUCAACCUGAAGGGACGUAUCAGCUACUCGCUGGGCGUCAUCUCUAAGCAAAUGAAGAUCAAGAGCUUCCUCGUCUAUCCCACGGUGGGCAAUGUGGUCUCGGAGAUCGAGAACCUCUCCAAGUAUCGCAUCUUCAAUCGCAAACUGAACGAGGUCGUCGAGGAGUUCAUCUCGCUGACGAUCAACGACAACACCGACUUUGUGUCCAAUUAUCUCAACGAACUGGUGACACCCCUCUGCAAUGACCUCAUUGGAGAUCGUUCCUUGAGCGACAUCAUUGGCAUUAUUACCGGCGCAAAAAACUAAUCCGCGAAUAAAAAAUAAUAAUAAAACCGAUCCAAAUUCCUUUUCUUAAA